AUGAGCCAAGGUCAUGAGGGUCCAGGGGAGUUGGACGACAGCGAUAACAAUGACCUUACCCAGGUACCGAGCACAGAAACCAGGAGGUCAAUAGAGUCAUUGAAUCAGCGACAACAAAAUAUCCAAUGGAAGCCUGCGUCAAGGACCGUCGAAGAGACACUGGCUGAAGGUCUCUCCAAUGAGGAUCUCUGGCUGUUGAUUCGGCGAUUCAACAAGCAAAUAUACCAUGUGAAAGCAGUUCAAGAUGCAACAAGUCAGAAUCUAGAUUUGAAUCGAGCGGAAGAUGAACAGUAUCCUCCUGAGAAACUACGCAUGACCAUCGAGCGGUUCUAUACGUCUGUUAUUGUUGGCGUGGUUGAGCUGUUUCGACAUGUUACACGACUUAGAUCUUGGAGGGAACCCGGGCGGACUUCUGCAUUUACAUUAGUCUAUUUUCUGUCAUGGUACUUGGAUUUACUAGUUCCCAUCAUCCUAAGUGUAAUGAUGGCCUUGAUUAUGUUCCCACCAAUUCGGCCAAUACUUUUUCCCACUGCUGCAGUGUCGAAUAAUUCCCCUUCGUCGAUGGGCAAGAAUGGGCAGCCUGAAUCCCAGGACAGUUUAACUGGAGCGCCAGAAACCCAUAAGGGCGAGGCGGCUGAACAGGAAGCGAAGAACAUGAUCGAUAACGUGGCAACAAUUGCUAUGGAAAGUGCCGCCGGAAAGUAUGGCCAAGCUGUGCCUCAAGAUCUUGAUGAGGUACCUCCUGCAUCUGAAGCAUUCGACGUUGCGGAUACUGCGGGUGAUACCUUGCUGGAAGAUUCCCCUGAGGACAAGACGAAAAAGCCCAUGAGGAGUCAAGUGUCCCGGGGCACUGACAAGGCUAUGCGUGCGAUCAGUGAUAUCACGGAUAUUUACGAACGAUUCGCAAAGUGGUCUCUUGUCUCCCACUCCACCAUUUCUCCUGGUAACACCACGGCUGCGUCUUUCGGUAUCAUCAAGGCAGUGGGAUUUAUCAUGGGAGUUGGAUUCUUCGGUGAUCCGCUCUUCAGAUUUGGAAUUGCUGUGUUGAAUCGGACGAUUCCGAACUGGAAAGAUCAAAUGGACAUCCAAAAAACACUGUUGGCAGGCGUUCCCACCAACGCACAGUUGACUCUGACACUGUUCAGAAUCGGAGAGAUCAAUUCUUCUCCAUUACCACCACCGCCGAAGUCCGGCGACAACGAGCCAUCUUGGCCAAUUCGCCGCAAGAAGUCCUCAGCCAAGCUCCUUACCCAAGGCAGUAAUCCUGACCUUUCAACCGGCCCCCCAACGCAAAAUGUCAACGGUCCUCUUCCGCCAGUCAGGCCUAAGGGGAAAUGGAUCUACAAAGUUAUGAAGUUUGUCCGUCGCACUAUCGCAACAGCUAUUAGAGGUCAUACCGCCUUUGACCGCGCCAUGGCCAUCGCCGGCGCUGCACAUACAAAGAAUUUGAUCACGAUGCUCCAGAAGAAACAUUUUUCGUCAAAACCUUUCGGGCCUCUGAAGUUCGAUGCUAAAUUUAUGAAGAAGAGAGGCGCGGCGGUUAUAGACUCUACCCAGGAGCCACCUAUCCUGUACUUCACGACAUAUCAGUCUUCAGGACUCGAUGAUCUCCGUCUGGAGAGUCGCAAGAAGAGCUCAGUUUUGUUCCAGAUCCCAGUCACGGAAAUUCAGGAGUUGAAGAAGACUGAGGGUCUGGGGUGGAAGGGCAAGUUGAUUGUGGAGCUGACGGCUGGUAGUAAGGAGGCUGCCGAUGGAUUAGUGGUCAUUGGAAAGGAGGAGGGACAGUCGUUCCAUCUUACUGGGAUGAGAUCGCGCAAUCAAUUGUUCAAUCGAUUGGUGGCCAUGGACGCGCAGUUUUGGGAGAGUCGAUGA